UUUUUAAAUGUUUUGAUAGACUUUUAUUAAAAGUACAAUCAAUUUAUAAUAUACUUUGUGGUAAAUAAAUUUGAAGGCAGUGUUAAAAAUGGUGAAGACAAUUUUAUAUUUUUGUGCUUUUGUGUGUUAUUUUGCACCAGUUAUUUUGGACUCCAGGAGCGAACUAGGAUAUCCAAGUGGAAUGAUGUCAGUUUGUCCUGGCUCCACGAAGCCUGCAACCAUUCCAAAAAGCCAGCUGAAGUACUUAUCAUUCGUGGUGCAGGGGAACGGUCGUUCCAGACAGAAGUACAACUACUGGAAUGCCAGGAACAUUGCUAAGGAUCCUAGAAUUAACUUUAAGAGGAGGACGCUUCUCCUGGCUAUCGGGUACUUGGACAGUCCCAGCUUCCCCAUCUCAGCUAUGUUCGCGAACGAGUACGAGGACAUCGGCUACAACAUCAUCAUUGUAGACAAUCAAAGAUUUGCCACAGUACACUACCAUCUAGCCAGUCGGCUGAUGCGCCCAGUUGGGAAGCACGUAGCCGAAGUCUUGGUCCAGCUAACCCAGGCUGGGCUAGAUCCUUCAAAGCUAGAACUCUUAGGGUUCAGCCUGGGAGGGCAGACGGUGAGCUACGUGGCGAAGAACUACCAGCAAAUGACUGGGAAGAAUGUAUCGAAUAUAGUUGCGCUGGAGCCAUCUGGACCCUGCUUCAGGACCCUGGGGAAGGAAGAUCGGUUGGAUGCUUCUAAUGCUGACUUUGUGCAAGUCCUUCACACCAACAUAGAUGGCUACGGAAUGGCCACCCCCAUGGGUCACGUGGACUUCUACAUCAACGGUGGGGAGUAUCAACCCUCGGACCUAAACCUAUACCCCUGCACCACGACUUGCAGCCAUUUCAGGGUCCUAGCCCUUUGGGUCGUCGCUCUUAGGCACCCUGGAAAGUUCCUAGGCAUCAAAUGCAAGAGCAUCCAACAAGCUAGGGAUGGGAAAUGCUUCGAGAAUUGUCCCGUAGAGAUAAACAAUAUGGAUCUAACCAUAGACAAGAAGAAACAUGGGAUCUUUUUCGUGUCGACAAGCAAGGAGUAUCCGUACUUCUUAGGUUCUAAGGGGUUGAAAGAGGAUUAUCUUUAUUGGAAAAAAAUAACUAAUAUUAAUGAUGGAAAUGAAGUUGAAUUGUAUACUUGAGAAUUCGUGUAUCAAGUAUUAUGGACUUUAUUGAAUUAACAUUAUUAGAUAAUAAUUUGUAGUGAGUUGUGAUAAUAAGAAUAUAUUUUUCAAGAAAUGGGCACAUUGUACCUCAAUAAAAUGAUUUUCGACAUCCAAAGAAAAUUUUUUAUAAUA